ACCCUCUUUACAGAUGUCAUCUCCGGAUAUUGAUAAUCUCAUAAAAUCUUUGACUUCAUCCAAAAGAGCGACCCCACAAUCGGUUUACAAGCGGACAUUGUCGUUCAUCGACAACAUUAACAAAAAGCCGCCGCCUGUUCAAAUGGCUGUCGGAGGAGGAGCAGGAUUAUGUGUCGGCUACAUAUUCACUCGAACAAGCAAAGCUGUAGCGACAGCCCUAGGAGUAUCUCUCGUCGCUUUCCAGGUGUGUAACUAUCGCGGAUACAUCAAGUUGAAUCGCUCAAAAUUCGAGAAAGAUCUACAUGAUCUGAAACGAGGGAUCGAAAGGAAUCUAUUAGGAGAUACUGGACCAAGUAUUCCAGAUGAGAAAGAUGUGAACGACUUUCUGCGCUCGAAUGCUUGGCUUCUUGGUGGUUUUGCUGCAGGAUGGCUUCUCGGUUUUGGAUUAGCAUAAGCUUAUAAUUAUUGUCAAGUUGUAAUUCCGUACAUUGACAUUCUGGUGCUUUCAAAGCACUUUAAGAGAGAGAUCUCUUUGAAUUUUUUGUCAUGUAUCAUUUUUGAAUCAAGAAUAAUGUUUCCCUUCAACCUCCCUUCUACAAGGUCGCUGUGUUGGCAUUAUGUGUUUUGUUUCUUAGAUUCGAAGCUGCAGUCAUUUGUAGUAGCCAGGUGGGGCGCUUUAGGCCAUAUAGUAAUGUAGAAAAUCCACUUUUAAUGUGCGUAAUUUACUGAAACGCAUACUAGCUUGACGUUUUGAAUUUGUUAUUUUGCUAGCUGUGUCUCUCUACAAAUUCAUUUAGUCUGAUGAAAGCUUGUCAUCUUAUAAAAGAGCUUUAUCUCAAUUUUCGCUAGAUCUGCAUUGUUUCAGUGCUUAUGUAUAGUUCCUAGUGUCAAGUUGUAUCAGAUAUUUUAGCAAGCUGAAAUAAACAUCCA